AUGCUACUUCCCCCGAAUCCCAUCCUCGAGAGCAUGAAACCGAAACAAAGUCCGACGAUGCGAGUGCCGGCUUGGGGUACCCUCCCCCCGGAGCUCCGCCUGAUGAUCCUGGAAGCCCUUACGCAACUCCCACGCGGCUGGGCCGCCCACGCUUCGGUGUGCAAGGAGUGGCAGGCCGUGCUGGAGAAGGAUACCUUUCGACGGCUCAAGCUGCGGGUCUCGUGCCUGGACGACAUGGAAAGCAUGAUCAGCCCCCAGCGGUCCAGGCUCGUCAGGCACGUCUGGCUGAACAUCGAGCUCCGGCCCUACACCUGUCGGAACUGUCACCUCACCGAGAGCUAUUCGUGGUGGUGCGCAAACAACGCCGUCAUCAGAUCGGCAGUCCGGAAACUCUUCCACAUCCUGUCCCAGUGGCCCUCGGCGGAAGGGGCCGGGUUGACGCUCGAGCUGAGCGCGCAGUCCCCCAGCGACAAGGAACACUACUUCAAGAACCUCUACUUUGGCGGCCACGGCGAGGACGAGGACUUCGAGCCCGACGAUCGUCUGGUUCGUUAUUCCCCUCUGAGCGACAACCUUACCGAAUACUUACAACACGACAUCAAGCACGGUUGGGUCAAUAGUCGUCAGGUCUUCGCCCCCGACGCGUCGGCCAUCUUACGCAUAUUCUCAGAGAUUGACCUGAAUUUCAGCGAGGAACUUCCCAGGGUCAAGGCCGUGACACGGUUCGCGAUCCGCCGACAGUGCCGACGACAGUUCUCGCCCCGGACUUUGGGGUAUCUCUUUGACAGGCUCCCUCGGCUUCGAUCGCUGGUCUAUGAGCCAUGGCAAUGUUACAAGAGGGUACCAACCUAUCACUAUGAUCAUGAGUACGAGAAGCUCAUCGAGUCACACUUGCCACAGUCACUUAAGCACCUAUCCCUGUUUGAAGAGACCAAUGAAAGAUACAUCGCAUUGAUUCGGGAGGGCUUCUUGCCCUAUGACCUCGGACCUGACUCGAUACGAGCCGCUUCGCCCGCGGUGGGCGCUGCUCUAGCGGAACGAAGCCUCGGCCUCGAAACCCUUUCUGCCACGUUCAUCGUCGAGGCCAGGGACUUCUUCCAGUCGUGUCAGCCAGACUGGGUCUGGGAAGGCCUGACGUCGCUGGUUCUCACGUCGAGGAUGCUCACAUCCGCAGCCAGCCACGAGGACGUCACGGAGCUCUUGCGGAGCGCCGCAGCGGCUGCGCUUUCCAUGCCGAGAUUGCACACGAUGGUGUUGUGGAACGGCAUCCGGGGGACGGCCUGCAAGUUCUCCUAUCGUGUAGAGUCUGGUCGCACCUCCAUCGGUUGGCGUGGCACAUGGGACCUCGGACUGGAGGAUGAGGUGGUCGACGCUUGGGUCAAAGUGGCUCAUAAGCGUACUAGACUGGACCUUGGCGUCAUCCACGAGCCUCGUAUAGUGGAAAGCGUCGACUGUCAUGUCCACGCCAUCGCGCUCUUAGGCCUGCCUUUCGGGGUGGUCGAUCCUAUAUCAUUGUUGCAGAUGCAGAGAGAAGCAGUAUCGAGUUGGCGGGAAGGUUGGACGUAG